GAGCUGCGGGACGCCAUCUUCUCGCAGAUGCGCGCCUUCCCAGACCUCCAGAUCCACAUCACGGACUGCGUCUGCAAGGGCAACGACGUGGCCGGCUACAAGUGCGCCAUGCCGGACCUGCUCACUGGGACCAACCUGGGACCGUCCGCCUACGGGCCGGCGACCGGGCGCUUCGCGAGGUGGACGGGCAUGGUGGAGUCGCUCGUAAAGCGCGACCCCGCCAGUGGACAGUGGCAGUACGUCGCCGAGUGGGGCGUGCACGACGAGUGGGCUUUGAUCCAGCAGCUCGGCCUGGACUUCGGCAGGGUGGCGCACCCGGAGGCGAACACGGAGCCGCUGCACGAUUGCACCCCCCUGGUGGUCUUCGAGCCCUCGGCGGCGCUGAUGAACAG